AUGUCCUCCCCUAACGAGCCAGACGAUUACACCACAAACCGCACCUUUUAUGAAGCCGUGGAGAUCGCCAAGAUCUGCGCAGCCAUCACACACAUACUCACUGGUGGCGACGCCACAUCCUUGGAUCUCCGCGGCCUCUGGAAUAUCCCAGUCACAAACUGGAGCGAAGAUACAAGGAGUCAGCUCCUUCUUCCAGGCUUGACCGGAAGCAGCCCCGAGCAACUACGGCGCAGGCUCGACGGCCUCAUCACGUACCUGAGGUUUGGUCCUGAAGCGCCCGUUCCCACCGAGAUGUCCUACCAUCCUGCCACGGUGGAGCACCACGCACAUCUUUUGUGGAAAGCGCUGGAAGACGAGGGUCUUUUCGCUCUCAUGCAGCAAGACCAGUCUGUCAAAGUGAGGAUCUGCAUGGAAGCUGCCAGCGACAUUACCAAAUGUCUGGUGGACGACUCCGACACCACCACAGACGGCCUCAAGGUUCUGGCUGGAUCUAUACAGAUCAGGGGCUCCGAGUUGCAGGCGACGCACCGCGAAUACAUCCGCCGUGCGUACAUCUCAAGCCUGGGAGACCUUCUCAUCCCCGACAGAGCCGCUUCUUGGGACCCGGCCCUGUCCUGGGGCUUCCGGCGAGAAGAGCUGGACGGGGUUCCGCCUUCAGAGAACGACUGGACGCUGCGGUACUGCUUGUCGGAACUGUUCGAACCCGUCGCCAAUGAGCCGGCUCUCACUCUCGCCGAGCUACGCAGCCGGCUCUACGCUUCCCUCACGCCCCUCCUGGUCCCGACUGACCAAGUCACAUCUUACCCCUCUGAACCCCUUUUCCUGACUUACACGAAGGUCGAGCUCGCGAAACACCUCGCCAGAAGCGGUGCUUUGAGUCACGCCCCCAGAGAGGUCUGGAAGACGAUCUGCGAGCAGUAUGCCCCCGACAUCGUUGCUUCGCGCAUCCCCUUUGCACACGCUCUGCAAGACGCCGGUGAUCUGACGCGGUCUGCGCAUGCCGAGCACUCCUUCACGCAGGAAAAUCACCUCCUGAAACGAUGUGCUGAUCUGACUCACACCUACAUGCCUUACGAUGACGCCUGCACCCUUGCCCGUCUCUGGGGCUUUGACGAGAAGGAUCAGUGCUUGCAGCCCUGCAUGAAGGAUCUCCUCGUACCGUCGAAACAGCGAUCAUCCUCAUUCAAUCCCGACACUUUGCACACCCUGCUACUCAUAUCGCUUUCGGAACUGCUGGAGGAGAUGAGCAACGGGGAGUCUGGCCACACGAACCUUGACGCAUCAGCGUUCGGUCUCCAUGAUGCGCUGACCGAGAUCACAGCUCUGGUCGAGAUCGCACGGGCAACGGAGGGCGAAAGCCGGUCCCUGUGCAGAUACAGCACGGCGGGAGAUUACAUGAGGAGUGUCAGCAAGAUCGCUCGAGACGUCUUUGGCACAGGAACCAGUGGAAUCGUACCGGACGGAGUGCCAGAUGUCUUCAGGAUCAAAGCUCUGCCCAAGAUCGUGUGUCGGCCAGCCGACGUUUCAGUAUUGAAGGAGGAUAUCAAGGAGCUCCAGAGAACUGUUCUGGCUCACAAAUUCGCCCGCAUGCUGCCUCAAUGA